AUGCCGCCGGACUUCCUUCCGGUACAUACUCUUUACAGCAACUGCGGCAUGUUCCCGGCCUCUACUCCCUUGCUUGAUAACCGCAUAAGGACCAAACUCGCAUUCCCCUUGGACCUUGGAUCCCCCUCUGGCCCCCUGGACUUUGCGAUUGGCUACAAGUUCUCGUUCCUGACAGAAGCCAAACUCCAAUCUGCAAUCCGCAAUCUUCAGGCAUCCUCAGCCCCGACGCUGGUGUGCGGCAUGCCCGGCCUGCAAGAGCAGGGUGAGAGCGCCCGCCCUCGUGGCCCACAACAUGUCCAAUCGCAGCCGCCCGCCCGGCGCUCUGCCAUCAUGCCGCACUGA